AUGAAAUACAGCAUCUGCAUUUAUUUUCUUGUAGUAUUUACCAAACUUUCGCUCUCGCAAUUGGCAAAAUCAUAUGUAAUUACACUUCAGCCGGAUGUGACGCUAGCGGCGUUCCUUGAAUAUGAGGUUAAGAAACUAGAAGAAUUCCAGAUCAAAGAAGCAAUAGUGCAGACUUUCCAGAUUGGCGAUCUCUGUGGUUUUAGCGGCACUUUUUCAGACGAAGCGGUCGGAGCUCUUGCGGCGUGUCCAUUGGUGGAUGAAAUCUCGCAGGAUGUGGUAGUGCGGUCAUUUGAUGUUAAAAAUCAAGCUGGAGCUCCACGUCAUCUAGCUCGAUUGAGUAGGAGGAAAAGAAUGAAUCCAAAUCGCAAGUAUCCGUUCAUUUAUGACGAUGAUAAUGUUGGUAAACAUGUAUAUGCAUAUGUUAUUGACUCUGGGGUAAAUAUUGGUCACCCCGAAUUUCAAGGACGUGCACGUACAGGAAAGGAUUUUACUGGUGAAGGUCCAGGGGACAAAAAUGGACAUGGGACUCAUAUAGCGGGGAUAAUUGGUUCAGAAACUUAUGGGGUUGCCAAAAAAGUUCAAGUAAUAGAUAUCAAGGUCUUGGAUUCCGGUGGAUUUGGCACUUUGAGUUCUGUUAUAAGUGCUAUUGAGUUUGCAGUUGUUCACAGACUGAAAAGUGGGCGCAAUGGUGUUGCCAACCUAUCCUUUGGUACUACCGCUAGAAAUCUGGUUUUAGAGAGUGUUAUUAAACAUGCUAGCCAAACAGGAUUGUUGUUUGUGGUAGCAGCUGGAAACUCAAAUAUUGAUGCUUGCAAAACAACGCCACUGAGCUCACCUUACACAAUUACAGUGGGUGCCAUUGAUGAUCACGAUGAUGCAAUUGCUAGCUUCUCAAAUUGGGGAUCAUGCGUGGAUAUAUUCGCCAGUGGAGCAUACGUGAGGAGCGUUGAUAUUGGAAACACAUAUCGUGCACUGAUAAUGUCUGGUACGUCAAUGGCAAGCUCUGUCGUAGCAGGUCUUGUCGCGAACAUGUUGACAGAAGGAAUUGAGCCAGAAAAUAUCAAGUUUGAGGUAGUUAACGUAGCAACGAGAGAUAGGAUUCCAGAAACAAGUUUUGCUUUCCGUCCUGGAACGGUGAAUAGGAUAGCCAAUAAUGGCUUUGACAUUAGUCAGUACAAGGAAGGAUAG